CACCAUCCCAUCAUUGUCCAGGUUGACCUAUCCAGAAUCCAGCAUGUUCUUCUGGAAUGAGGUGGCGAGUUUUGUUCAGGAGCUGGUCGUCCUAGCUCCAUGAGGCUGUAUCUCUUGGGCCAGGUCUGGGUCCCGACCCAACAACGUCCGAGCACCAACACCACCCACCAACCUCUCUGCUUGCAUCACCGGCACGCCCUCAGGCUCUCACGCCCUCGCUGCCCCGUGCUCGGACCACUCGACUUUCUGACAGCACCCUCGUCCAUGUUGGGCCGCAGAUACCAAGCCACGCACGCGUCAAUGACCUCUAGGCCAGGGACAUCGUUAGGGAUAUGCGCUUGGAAAAAUGUCAAGACAGGAACCACCAAGUACAAAUCCACUACUACCCUAUUUGUACCGCGUGCAUCGCCACUCCCCGCAGCAGCGGAACCGGGUAGAUCCAUGGUGACGACGCAUAUUCCCUCGUUCCUUUCGCUCGCUUGAUGUGGGAAGCCACACGCGCCACGGGGGUUCAGGAGUUCCCCUGGACCUAGACGCGACCGCUGGGGCCCAGGCGAGGCGCGGUCGCCAGGGGAUGAUAAAAAGGUGGCUGGGCCACUCAACACUCGGUCUAAAGUGCACGCUCUUGCUCUGGCACUCCGCGCGACAUCACCUGCCCUGAUAUGAACAUUUCCAAGCAAGGGUUUCGCUCAACACGAAUAACAAAUGAGCCAUUUGCCAGCUGCAAUGAGUGGUGCUCAGGUGUCUGUGGAAAACCUGGGGCUUUGCUACAACCAGCAUUGACUGCAGACUGACUCCCUGUCCAUCCAUGGCAAGCCAGUUGACCAACCGAUCAACCUGCAAGCGUGAGUCUUGUGUCCGGAGGGUUCGCGGCGCCGAACGGCUUACCGGACCUGUCGCGAGACUACAGGCGUCUAGGCGCGUUGGAUUAGUGGUCACCGGCCAGACCUGACGUGUCACCGCCGACCAAUUCGGUCGCUGGAUCUUCCCGAGGCAUAAUAGGUUCGCAUGGGUAGGUAGGUAGGGAGGUAGGUGGGCAAACGAUCAACCGCGAUCCGUCGCUCCCAGGAGCAUCUUGCCGAUCCAGCGUCAAGGGUUCAUGUUUCGUGGCAAGCAAAAACCCACAACGCCUAGACUCAUGCAUGCGCGACAUCCAUCCUGUCAAGCCCAGUCACUGUCAUCACUGUCAUCCACGACAUUUUGAGGUCUAAGUAUUGCGUUGCGUGUUCAUGUUUCGAAUUUUUCUUCCUUGGAUUUCUCUGCCUGACCAGCUCCCGUGGCUCUUCGGGACCGAUGAUCAAACAUGAGGGGCAUCUUGACAUGCUGGAGGACUAAGGUUGCGAUGGGAGAGCCGCUCACGCCGCUUCAAGUUAGGGCGACAUUGGAGAAGCUCUGCUGUACCAUUUUACAUCUUGCACACAGUACGCUCCCUUGCGGCGAAAGAUGAAUGUCAGAUUGUGGAAGCUGAAAACACAUGCCGGACUGCACUUGGACCGAGAGGGUGUGAAAUGAUAUAAUUAUCGUAACUAUGCCGUUGUAACCAUCUCUACCAGGCUUGCUUCUAUGGCUGACACAUCCUGAGAAAGUCAUCCAAGUCCUUCAGCUCUAUGUGUAUUACCAGAUGAUCGGUCAAUGACAGAACAAUCCUCUCAAAAUAAG